UGUUCAGAGACUAUACCUCCAGCCAUGGAGAUGCGGUCGUUUCUUCUCUGCUUAGCAGUAACAGUAACUGCAGUCAAAGGAUGCUCAACAGGCCGUGAAUUCAUCACUGCUUUUAUGACAAACUACCUGUAUGCCCAAAAAGGCAGUCCGACCCUCUCCAUUACAGCACAAAAUUCCCCCGCAACUGUAAAAGUGGAGGUGAAGGGUCUAGCUUACAGUGAAAUAGUGAAUAUCGCACGUGGUGACACCAAACUUAUAACGCUUCCAGCAAACACCGAGCUUGAAGGUGAAGGAGUCUAUCGCAAAGCUGUAUCGAUCUCCUCUGAUGCAGAUGUCUCCGUGGUGUCCUCUCACAUAAAGGAAUACACCGGAGACAGCAGUGUGAUUUACCCCAUAAACCAACUUGGCAGAAGUUACAUAAUUUUCACUCCAAACACGGGUCCAAUGAAAAAGGAAGCUGCUAUCAUCAAUGGCAAGGAGAUGAACACAGUCACCAUCGUUUACAAUUCUCCAAAAAUUAAGCCAAAAACCAUAAAUUUGAAUGCCUAUGAGGUCUAUGAGUUUCAAAGUCAGGAGACUUUGUCUGGAACAAAAAUCACAUCCACACUUCCGGUGGCUGUCCUGGCCGGACACGAGUGUGCCAUGAUCGUGGGCACCUGUGAGCAUGUCUACGAGCAGCUGAUCCCGAUUGAGUCUCUCUCAAGCACAUACCUGGUUCCUCCGAUGCAUUAUAUCCUCAGCAAGGACACCGCCCAUGUGGUUGCUCCAGAGGACAACACAGUUGUGUCCAUCUAUAAGCACAAACACCCCAAAAUAAUAAAAAUGAAUUCUGGAGAUGUUUAUGAAGUUCAUUUGAAAAAAACGGGUACACUCAUCCAAAGUAACAAGAAUAUAAUGGUUAUGUAUUUUAGUAGCAAUUUUCCCUACGAUGAGUAUCUAACCAAUGUUAUUCCCACUUCUGAGAUGUCAACCUCAUGGACCAUUUAUCCCCAAAAUGGUUACGAUAGCAAUGCUGUAAUUGUCGCUGAAGCGGCAGCACAACGCACUUUAAGCAAGUCACUGAAAUGGAAAGAUUUCCCCGGGGACAGCAAAUACAUAUGGAGUAUCAUGCCGAUCGGCUCACAGAAAGAUCCGAUAACCAUAUCUGGAAAUUCACUGAUGGCUGUGUAUGUUUAUGGUGGAAAAGUAAGGUGGGGAUAUGGUACAACAGGAGUGUGUAACACCGGUUCCACGUCCAUUCCAGUUUCUCCAACAGACCCCUGUGACACUGUCAAGUGCCGUGAACGGGAGGAGUGUAGAAAGGGUGUCUGUGUUCCCGUUUCCUCUGCCACAUGCCAUGCGGUUGGCGAUCCCCAUUUCAAAACUUUUGAUGGGAAGCUAUUUGACUUUCAGGGAACUUGUUCUUACGUAAUGGUGAACAAUACAAAACCUCAAAAAGGCCUCACACCCUUCACCGUAUUGAUAAAAAACAACCACAGGGGAAACAAUAGAGUGGCGUACGUGAGGGCGGUUUCUGUCCUGGUGUAUGGUCACACAGUGGUGGCAAGCAGCCAGAGAGGAAUAGUAGAGUUCAAUGGUGAAAAUACCUACUUGCCAUUGACUAUCGAGGGUGGAAAGAUCAAAGUUGAGCAAAGAGGCUGGGAUGUCAUUAUAUCAACAGAUUUUGGCUUACAAGUGAAAUAUGACUGGAAUAUGAUGCUGUAUAUCACAGUUCCCAGCAGCUAUUACCAGACUAUAGGUGGACUAUGUGGGAAUUAUAACGGUGACCGCAGAGAUGAAUACAGUGAUCCCAAAGGCACUAUGCUCUCCAGCGUCAUUGAGUUUGCCAAAAGCUGGAAAGUUCCAGAUAAAGAUCUGUUUUGCAAUGAUGACUGUAAUGGGCAGUGCCCAAGUUGCCCUUCAACCCUUCAAGAGCAGUACAAACAAGAGUCAAACUGUGGUAUCAUAGCUAAAAAAGAUGGGCCAUUUGCUAGCUGUCACGCAAUUAUAGAGCCCAACAUAUACGUGGAUAAUUGUGUGUAUGAUGUGUGUAUUAACAACGGUGCACGACUCUUCCUCUGUAAUGACAUACAGAGCUAUGUUGGUGCUUGCAUGUCAGCUGGAAUCAAGAUCACUGGAAACUGGAGGACGCUCUCCAAUUGCCCAAUGAACUGUCCAGCCAACAGUCAUUAUGAGUCCUGUGGCACAGCCUGUGCUGCCUCUUGUGCAGAUCGUGAUGCCCCAGAAAAGUGCACGUUGUCAUGUGUGGAAGGCUGCCAGUGCAACACAGGUUAUGUACGCAGUGGAGAUGAAUGCGUUCCUGAAAAAAAGUGUGGCUGUACAUACAAAGACCGAUAUUAUCCAGCCGGCCAAAUGUUUUGGGGGGACACAAAAUGCGCAGAAAAAUGUGUCUGCAAUCCAGCAACUGGAAAAGUUGAUUGCAAAGUGACAAGCUGUAAGAAGUCAGAAAUGUGUGACACGAGAAAUGGAGUGAGAGAUUGCUAUCCAAUGUCGUACGGUACCUGCCAGGGUGCAGGUGAUCCACACUACCGGACAUUUGAUGGUAAACCCUUUGACUUUCAAGGUACCUGUACUUAUUAUUUCUCCAAGCUACUUAAUACAGCUGAUCCCUCAUUGAUACCCUUUGAGGUGCUUGUCAAGAAUGAGAACAGAGGAAGCAACAAGGUAGUUUCAUUUACCAAGGCUGUAACAAUAAGUGUCUAUGGAUACACAAUUGUCUUAAGUAAGGAAAGUCCUAGAAAAGUGAAGGUCAAUGAUCUAUAUGUGAAUGUGCCAUUUGAAAAAGAUAGUCGACUCAGCAUAUUCACCACUGGGUAUUUCGGUGUGAUAACCACAGACUUUGGCCUGACAUUAAAAUUCAACUGGGAAAGCCAUGUAACACUCACUCUACCCAGCACUUAUUCCAAUGAAGUGGGAGGACUUUGUGGCAACUGGAAUGGAAAUCUCAACGAUGAAUUCCGUACCACUGACAAUACCCUUGCUGCUAACCCAACACUCUUUGGAACCAGUUGGAAGGUCAAAGAUGACCCUGGAUGCUCGGAUGAAUGUAAGGAGAAAAUCUGUCCCAAAUGUGACAACAUUGAGAAAAUGAAGGUGACUUUUACCAAGCCCUGUAGCAUCAUCACAGACAAAACAGGUCCAUUUAAAGGCUGCCAUGACAAAGUGAAUCCCAGUCAGUUUUAUGAGGAUUGUGUGUAUGAUAUGUGUAUGUAUGGUGGACAUCCAUCAGCACUCUGUAGUGUUCUCACUGCAUACACAGCUGCUUGUCAAAAUGCUCUUGGAAAAGUGGAAUCUUGGAGAACCAACACUUUGUGCCCUGCGUCCUGCAAGGAAAAUAGCCACUAUGAGGUGUGUGGAGUAGGAUGUCCCCAGACCUGCCUUGGUCUCACUGAAACUAAGGGCUGCAAGGAGACUCUCUGUGUUGAAGGCUGUGCAUGUGACGAUGGCUCUGUUUUGAGCAAUGGUGAGUGUGUGCCGAUGGCACAGUGCGGCUGUACUCACAUGGGUCUGUACUAUCAGCUGGGCCAAGAGUUCUUUCCUGAAGGCAAAUGUAAUCAGAGGUGCGUUUGCAAAGAAAACGGACAAGUUCAGUGUGUGGACGGAUUCACCUGCAGACCAGGUGAGAAGUGCCAGGUCAAGAAUGGAGUCCAAGGGUGUUUUCCUGAGUGCACAGCUGUGUGCACAGUGGCAGGCUUUGGAAUCUACCAGUCAUUCGAUGGAAAAUCCUUUAGUGUUGAAGGUGACUGUGAGUACAGAUUGGUAGAGACGAUUCAGACAAAGGAUAAGAUAAGCUCGUUCAGUGUUUUAGUGAAACAACUGUCCUCUGAUGGAAUCAUCACUCGGAGGGUCAAAAUACAAGUGGACGAAUACACAGUUACUUUGAUGCCGGGCCGCAUCUGGGAAAUACAGGUAGAUGAUGCUAAAACAAAUCUUCCUGUAACUGUGGAUGAAGGACUGAUUCAAGUUUAUCAGAACGGUCUUUAUAUUGUUUUGGAAACAGACUUUGGAUUGAAACUGACAUAUGACACAGUUUCCACAGCCACAAUUGAGAUCCCAUCCACCUUUAAAAGCGCAGUAACAGGUCUCUGCGGAAACUACAAUGGAAACAAAGCAGACGAUUUUCUCUUGCCAAGUGGUAUUCAGACAUCUUCUGGAGAAUAUUUUGCAGAGGCUUGGGUUUUACCAUCAGACAGAGGGAUGUGCCAAACAGGUUGUGGGUCCAAGUGUGUAAAUCCUGACAAAGACACACAGACACAGGCAGAGAAAGCUUGCACUAUUCUAACAUCAGAGAAGGGUCCAUUUUCUAACUGUUACGACAAAGUUCCACCCCAGACAUUCUUUGAUGAAUGUGUCAAAGAUGUGGCAGCACAGCCGAAGGACAAGACAGUUCUCUGUCGUUAUAUACAAUGGUAUGUGGCCAGCUGUCAGGAGACUGGAACAUCAAUGAAGACCUGGAGGAAUAGCACCUUCUGUCCUUUUAAGUGUUUUGAGAAAAGUCACUACGAACUGUGUGCUGACACCUGUUCCUCCACCUGUGCCAGCCUGACUAAAUCACAGAAAUGCCCACCGUGUCAUGAAGGAUGUCAGUGUGAUGAUGGCUUUGUGUUUGAUGGAGGUGAAUGUAAAGCUUUAAAGGACUGUGGUUGUUAUGCAGAUGGGAAGUAUUACAAGACUGGUGAGGAAGUGAUUCUAGAAGACUGUGAAGAAAAAUGCAGCUGCAAUGCAGGAGUGUUCUCUUGUCAGUCUUACGAAUGUGAGGAAAAUCAAGUAUGUGCCAAAAAAAAUGGCGCCGUUGGGUGCUACAGAACAGAAACGUACUGUCCAGCCAACAGUAACUAUGAAGACUGCGGAACAGCAUGUCUUGCCACUUGUGCAAAUCGAGAUGCCCCAGACAACUGCACAUUGCCAUGCGUGGAGGGCUGUCAGUGCAGUACAGGUUAUGUUCGUAGUGGAGACCAAUGCAUUUCUGUGAAAAAGUGUGGCUGCACCUACCAGGGUCGGUAUUAUGCAGCUGAUCAAACAUUUUGGGGGGAUACAAAAUGCAAAGAGAAAUGUGUGUGCAAUCCUCAAACUGGAAAGACUCAAUGCACACCAGCAAAUUGUAAGAAUUCUGAAAUGUGUAGUACACGGAAUGGAGUGAGAGACUGUUAUCAAUUAUCCUAUGGUUACUGCCAGGGUGCAGGUGAUCCACACUACCGGACAUUUGAUGGUAAACCCUUUGACUUCCAAGGUACCUGUACUUACUAUUUCUCCAAGCUACUCAAUACAGCUGAUCCCUCAUUGAUACCCUUUGAGGUGCUUGUCAAGAAUGAGAACAGAGGACAUAACAAAGCAGUUUCUUUUACCAAGACUGUAACAAUAAGCGUCUAUGGAUACACAAUUGUCUUAAGUAAGGAAAGUCCUAGAAAAGUAAAGGUCAAUGAUCUAUAUGUGAAUAUGCCAUUUGAAAAAGAUAGUCGACUCAGCAUAUUCACCACUGGGUAUUUUGGAGUGGUAACAACAGACUUUGGCCUGACAUUAAAAUUCAACUGGGAAAGCCAUGUAGCACUCACUCUACCCAGCACUUAUUCCAAUGAAGUGGGAGGACUUUGUGGCAACUGGAAUGGAAAUCUCAACGAUGAGUUCCGUACUCCCGAUGAUACCCUUGCAGCAAACCCAACACUCUUUGGAACCAGCUGGAAAGUCACAGAUGACCCUGGAUGCACGGAUGAAUGUAAGGGAAAAAAUUGUCCCAAAUGUGACGCCCCUGAGAGAAACCAGGUGACUUUUACCAAGCCCUGUAGCAUCAUCACAGACAAAACAGGUCCAUUUAAAGGCUGCCAUGACAAAGUGAAUCCCAGUCAGUUUUAUGAGGAUUGUGUGUAUGAUAUGUGUAUGUAUGGUGGACAUCCAUCAGCACUCUGUAGUGUUCUCACUGCAUACACAGCUGCUUGUCAAAAUGCUCUUGGAAAAGUGGAAUCUUGGAGAACAAAAACUUUGUGCCCUGCGUCCUGCAAGGAAAAUAGCCACUAUGAGGUGUGUGGAGUAGGAUGUCCCCAGACCUGCCUUGGUCUCACUGAAUCUAAGGGCUGUAAGGGGUUCCCUUGUGCUGAAGGAUGUAUAUGUGACAAGGGCUUUGUUUUGAGCAAUGGCAAGUGUGUGCCCAUGGCACAGUGCGGCUGUACUCACAUGGGUCUGUACUAUCAGCUGGGCCAAGAGUUCUUUCCUGAAGGCAAAUGUAAUCAGAGGUGCGUUUGCAAAGAUAACGGACAAGUUCAGUGUGUGGAUGGAUUCACCUGCAGACCAGGUGAGAAGUGCCAGGUCCAGAAUGGAGUUCAAGGCUGUUUUCCUGAGUGCACAGCUGUGUGCACUGUGGCAGGCUUUGGACUCUACCAGUCAUUCGAUGGAAAAUCCUUUAGUGUUGAAGGUGACUGUGAGUACAGAUUGGUAGAGACGAUUCAGAGAAAGGAUAAGAUAAGCUCGUUUAGUGUUUUAGUGAAAAAGCUGUCAUCUGAAGAGGCAGGCAUCACCCGAAGAGUCGAAAUACAAGUAGACCAAUACACAAUUACUUUGCUGCCCGGACAGGUCUGGGAUAUACAGGUGGAUAACACUAAAACAAAUCUCCCUGUAACUUUAAAUGAAGGACUGGUGCAAGUUUAUCAAAACGGUCUUUUCAUUGUUGUGGAAACAAAUUUUGGAUUGAAAGUUACAUAUGACACAAUCUCCAUGGCCACUGUUGAGAUCCCAUCCACUUAUAAAAGCGCAGUCACUGGUCUCUGCGGAAGCUACAAUGGAAACAAAGCAGACGAUUUUCUCCUGCCUGAUGGUAUUCAGACAUCUUCUGUGGUAUACUUUGCUGAGAGCUGGGUUUCCCCGUCAGAUAGAAUGAUGUGCAAAACAGCUUGUGGAUCCAAAUGUGUAAAUCCUGACAAAGACACGCAAACAGAGGCAGAGAAUGCUUGCACUAUUCUAACAUCAGAGAAGGGUCCAUUUUCUAACUGUUACGACAAGGUUCCACCCCAGACAUUCUUCGAUGAAUGUGUCAAAGAUGUGGCGGCACAGCCAAAGGAUCAGAACGUUCUGUGUAGUCACAUACAACGAUAUGUGGCCAGCUGUCAGGAGACUGGAACUUCAAUUGACAGCUGGAGGAAUAGCACCUUCUGUCCUUUGAAGUGUUUUGAGAACAAACACUAUGAGCUGUGUGCUGACACCUGCUCCUCCACCUGUGCCAGCCUUACUGAAUCAAAGAAAUGCCCACCGUGUCAUGAAGGAUGUCAGUGUGAUGAUGGUUUGGUGUUUGAUGGAGGUGAAUGUAAAGCUUUAAAGGAUUGUGGUUGUUAUGCAGAUGGAAAGUAUUACAAGUCUGGUGAAGUAAUCGUUCAGGGAGACUGUGAGAGAAGAUGCCAAUGCAAAGCUGGAGAGUUCACCUGUGAUCCCUUAAAAUGUGCUUCUGAACAGUUCUGUGGCAAAAAAGAUGGUGUCGUUGGGUGUUACACCAAGGAUCUUUGCAGUGAUCAUAAAUGCCGUGAGAAAGAGUACUGUACUGUACAGGACAACAAGGCAGUGUGUGUCCCAAAGUCAAAGGCCUCCUGCAUGGCCACGGGAGAUCCUCAUUACAGAACCUUUGAUGGGAACCACUUCUCCUUCCAGGGUAUUUGCACAUAUACUUUAGUUAAAACAUCAGGCAAAGACCCAACACUCACACCAUUCAGCAUCAUCAACAAGAACGACAUGCUCAAUGGCUAUUAUGGGUCAUACGUCAAGUCCGUCAGCAUCAAAGUCAAAGGACAUGACAUCACUUUCAGUAAAGACAAACGCAACCAUGUGACAAUUGAUGGCUCCGUUUUAAACCUUCCAGUGAGUUUGAAUUCUGAAGGCAUCAACAUAGUAUUGUCAGGGACUAAAGGGAUUCUGCAGACAGAUUUUGGCUUGGAGGUCACAUUUAACUGGGCAGAUACACUCAUCGUGGUACUUUCCAGCAGCUACGACAAUAAUAUAGAAGGAAUGUGUGGAACCUACAAUGAUGACCUGGAAGAUGACUUUGUCACACCAAGUGGUAAUAUCGUGACAGAUAUAACAGAAUGGGCAAAAUCUUGGAGUGUCCCUGAUUCCAGCAGCACCUGCUGGCACUUUCCUCCCUGCACGGAUGAGAAAAUGUCGCUGUAUAGGGGUCAAAGCUACUGCGGCUUGAUAGAGGAUGCCAAUGGCCCAUUCAGCCAGUGUCAGAAUAUAAUAUCCAAGCGGCAAUUUGCUUCUGACUGUCUUUUCCAACUGUGUCUCAAUCAUGGAAACCAAAAGGCCUUUUGCCAUGCUCUCAAUAAUUAUGUGUCCUCUUGUGCCCUGUCAAGCGCUGACGUAUCUCCAGAGUGGAAGCAGCUGGCUAACUGCUGAUGUGAAGAAGAUUUUUUCUCCAAACUGUUACUUUAGUACACUAAACAGUAAUCAUUAUACAUUAACAGAAUAUUUCUAGAGCAAACCUUUUCUCACACAGUAUAAUUAUUCAGUUUGGGCAUUUUGUUUUCACAAGGGAUCACAGGAAUCAUAACAGCACGAUUUAAAUUUAAAUGAAUGUAAGAGUUUCUUCCUUAAGUUGCAUCAAUCAACAUUUAUGUAUAUCAGCAACUUGUGCUGUCUAUGAAUAAGUCUAUAAUUAAUCUUUGAACAUUUUUACAAAUUUGAUUUAUUCUCCAUAUUUAGUAUACUUAAUAAAUUCUUGCAUCAUCUUGUAUAAGCUCGUUUUUUGUUUGUGGUAUUAUGAGAGGCAAACCUUCUACUAUGAGACAUCCAUUUUUUUAUGCAAGCAUGUGUUGGGCCUGUGGUGUACUGCU